UGCCAAAUUACCCCACCGUCCUCCUUCAAUCUCUAUGAUUUAAGAAAACACAAACAUACCGACAAAUUCAUCGCUGUUGACUCCAAUUGCCAAAAUAAAUUUAUUUCUUGGUGUUUAAAGAAUGCCAGAAACCCCAGACUCCAAUAAUUUCCUCUUUUCUUCAGUUUCAAAAAGCUGAAUAAAGAUCAGACAAGUUUCUCAGUUAUUUAUAACUGAUCCAUUUUCUGUUAUUUCUCUCCUGCAAGAUCUGUCCCAGCUCCUUAAAGUGCGACACCAUUGGAAUGGAAAUCAUAUCCUGCCAUACUGCACUUUCGUGUUGCGUUGUGGAUUCAAAAGGGAGUCUUCCUCCGGUUUUAGUUGGAUCAGGUUUUACAUCUUCAAGAUAUUCUCACCUACACACCUCAAGGUUAAGGAAGCAAAGAGCUUCUGCAGCAGUCUGCUCCGCUAAAAGAUACGAAGAUGUCACCGCGGGUGUUUUGAGUGAAACCUAUGAUCCUUUUGUGCUUGAUGGCCUAAAUGGUUUAAGUGGCACUCGUGAGGCUAUACCUAAAGUCUCGAUUCCUGGUUUGCCGGAUGGAGACAAUGUUGCUACCAUAAACAGCUGUUUCUGGGAAUGGAAGCCCAAUUUCAAUGUACAUUAUGAAACAUCAGGUUCAGAGAAUGUCAAGUCCCCACCUGUUCUUUUCCUGCCCGGAUUUGGUGUAGGCUCAUUUCAUUACAAGAAGCAGCUGAAUGAUCUUGGUCGGGAUUAUAGGGUGUGGGCGCUGGAUUUCUUGGGUCAAGGGAUGUCACUUCCAAAUGAAGAUCCAACUUUGCAGUCCAAAGAUGGGAGCCAGUAUGUGUUACCGGGCCAAAAUGAUGUUUGGGGCUUUGGAGAUGAGAGUGAGACGUGGGCGGACGAAUUGGUUUAUUCAGCUGAUCUGUGGAGGGACCAAGUACACAAAUUUGUAGAAGAGGUGAUUAAAGAACCCGUUUAUCUUGUUGGAAACUCGCUUGGUGGAUAUAUGGCACUCUAUUUUGCAGCGUGCAACCCACAACUAGUGAAAGGCGUGACCUUGCUGAAUGCAACGCCCGUCUGGGGAUUUCUCCCUAACCCUCUAAGAGCUCCAAGAUUGUCGAAACUCUUCCCGUGGGCUGGAACGUUUCCUCUCCCUUCCGGUGUCAGGAAGCUAGUCCAAAUUUUGUGGCAGAAGAUCAGCGAUCCAACAAGCAUAGCGAAAAUAUUAGAGCAAGUAUACAAAGACCAUUCAACAGACGUGGAUGAUGUGUUCACGCGCAUUGUUGAAACAACACAACAUCCAGCAGCAGCUGCAUCCUUUGCUUCCAUCAUGUUUGCACCUCAGGCUGAAUUAUCCUUCAAGGAAGCUUUAUCUAGGUGCCAAAUGAACAACACACCUAUUUGUCUUGCAUAUGGCAAGGAUGAUCCUUGGGUGAUGCCCAUCUGCGGUAUGCAGGUGAAAAACCAAGUUCCCGAUGCUCCCUACUACGAGAUAAGCCCGGCAGGUCACUGCCCUCACGAUGAAGUUCCAGAGGUUGUCAACUUUCUUCUGCGUGGGUGGAUUAGAAGCCUGGAGUCAGGCGGCUCAGUCGUGCUGCCUCUGCUCGAUGACUCUCAAAGCCUCGGUUUUGAAGUCACUAAGGAUUUGGAGUUUUCAAGGGGAGGGCCUAACAAGUUAGUGAGGGUGCAAUUCCAUGGCUCCAAUUACUCUUUGUGGAGUUGGCUAAACUCUCAAUUCAAACCUCUUUUUCGACGAUUGCUUGCUCAGCCCUCGUUGUGAAGUCUGCAUUCAAUCAUCAAUUUAUGUGUACAGAAAAUUGUUUCUUUAGUCCAACUUGGAUGAAAAUGCACGUAGAUGUAAGUUUACACAUACAUUAUGGUGUUAAUAGUUAAAGAAUUUGCAGAUUCGAA